CCAACUCAUAAGUGAUUAGGUGUAAAGGGACGCACGACUCAACAACAAAGUCAUCAACCUGCAAAAAACAGAAAUUUUGAGCGUUCUUAAAAAACAAAGCUUUGCUGUCGUGAAAACAUAUGUUUUUGGUCAGCAAUAUUCAGCAAAGCUAUAUAGCUCACAUGGCUGUGAUGUGCUGUGCACAACCAAAAAGAGGAGUAGUAGAAGAAGAAGAUUGUAGAAAAAACUGAAAAGUCGAUACAUUUUUUCUCGAAUCAUCCUCAUAAACAGAACCCCAAGUGUAUAAUCCAAUAAGUUCCUCAGUUCCCUCUCUAUAUAUAUACAUAUAUAUAUAUAUAUAUAUAUAUAUAUAUGUACGUAUGUAUGUAUUGUUGAAUAACAAUUGAUGGUCAUGUUGACACCAAAAAGAAGUUUGCUAAAGGUCAUAGUCCUUGGUGAUAGUGGGGUAGGAAAGACAUCUUUGAUGAAUCAAUAUGUAUAUAAGAGAUUCAGUCAACAGUAUAAAGCUACAAUUGGAGCUGAUUUUGUCACGAAAGAACUACAGAUUGACGACAAACUGGUCACGUUACAAAUUUGGGACACGGCAGGACAGGAAAGGUUUCACAGCCUUGGCGUUGCAUUUUAUAGAGGAGCAGACUGCUGCAUUCUUGUAUUUGAUGUCAACGCAGUCAAAUCAUUCGAAACGCUUCAAAUUUGGCACGAAGAAUUUCUUAAACAGGCCGAUCCAAGUGACCCCGAGGCAUUUCCCUUUGUGUUACUUGGAAACAAGGUAGACAUUGAUGGUGGAAACAGCAGAGUGGUUUCUGAGAAGACAGCUAGGGAAUGGUGUGCUUUGAAGGGAGACAUACCUUAUUUCGAGACCUCAGCAAAAGAGGAUUACAAUGUUGAGGAUGCAUUUCUAUCUGCUGCAAAGACUGCACUUGUCAAUGAACAUGAGCAGGACAUUUACUACCAGGGCAUCCCGGAAUCAAUUUCCGAAACUGAGCAGGGAGGAGGAGGAGGAUGUGCAUGCUGAAGUUAGCUGGUCCAAGAUUUGAAAUAUAUACAUCGGUGCAAAUUUACACGAACCAUUAUUCUUCUACACUGCUUUUAUUUUUAUUUGCAAUGCUAAAUAAAUUGUUCCAGGAUGUUGUUAUGACAAUCAAUUUGUAAAAUAUAUAAACUUUGUAUGAUUUUUAUGAUGAAAUACAGCUUUGGUUGCCAAACCUUUGCACUGGUGCUUGUGUUUUUCUUCAUUUUGUAUUUUUUUUCUUUGCUUCUUGUUGAUUUUUUUUUUUCUUUUCCCUGCGUUACUGUUUUUCCCCUCUGAGAAUAAAAAGAGAAAAUUCUAGUCUUAUUAUAGAAACUCUAAAUCUUAGGCAAUUUGAUUAAUUUCAAGUCCUUCUAUUUCCAGCAAUAAU